CUCAAAAACCGCAACACAGUGUUGCGUCACACAUGCCACUACCUUUUCGUCUUAAUGAUUCAGCAUGGAGUAUAAAUUCGAGAACAUCCAAAAAGUCCUCGUCGCCAAUCGAGGAGAAAUUGCAGUGCGACUUAUCCGAGCCUGCAAGAAUGUGGGCAUAAGUAGCGUCUCGAUAUAUACACAAUCUGAUUCAACAUCUUUACACGCUUCACUUGCAGACGAGAAUAUUCUUCUUUCAGGCGAUAAUGCAAAUGCCUAUCUAGACAUUGAUGAGAUCUUGAAAAUCUGUAAAGAGUACAAUGUCGAUGCCGUGAUCCCAGGAUAUGGCUUCCUCAGCGAAGAUGCAGCUUUUGCUCAGAAAGUCGGAGAUGCUGGCAUGGUGUUUGCGGGACCGAGUCCGGAAUCUAUGACGGAGAUGGGACAAAAGCAUCGAGCACGCGAUCUAGCUAUUUCUGCUAAUGUUCCAAUUGUUCCCGGAACAGGCUUACUGGAGUCUGAAAAUGAUGCUCUUGAUGCGGCAAAGAAGUUGGGAUUUCCAGUCAUGCUUAAAGCCACAGGUGGGGGAGGAGGCUUGGGAUUACAAGUUUGCCAAAACGAAGAAGAGCUCAGUCCUGCAUUCAAGAAAGUCAAAAGUAGAGGGAAUACGUUGUUUAACAACUCCGGAGUAUUUCUAGAGAAGUACUACCCCGAGAGUCGGCACAUCGAGGUUCAGAUCUUUGGGAACGGGACAGAUGUAGUACACUUUGGUGAACGAGAAUGUAGCAUUCAAAGACGACAUCAGAAGGUUAUAGAAGAGUGUCCAAGUCCUUUCGUAGAGCAACGACCAGGUAUGCGAAAACGACUUACAGAUUGCGCAGUUGCGUAUGCAUUACAACUUCACUACAAGUCUGCUGGCACAAUCGAGUUUCUCGUCGAUGACAAGACAGGUGGUUUCUUCUUCUUGGAAAUGAAUACUCGAUUACAAGUCGAGCACGGAAUUACUGAACUUUGUUAUGGCGUUGAUUUAGUCGCUCUCAUGCUCCAGCAAGCAGACUGUGAGAGGGCUGGAAAGACUGGCCUCUCGUCAGAGUAUCUACACUCAUUGCAGAAAGAUGGACCAAAUGGUGCAGCGAUUGAGACGAGAGUGUAUGCAGAGGUGCCGUUCAGGAACUAUGCUCCGAGCCCGGGACUUCUUCAGCAUGUUCAAUGGCCUGAGGGAAACGGUAUUCGGGUUGAUACAUGGGUGAAAACUGGGCAACGGAUUGCUUCUUUUUAUGAUCCUCUGAUUGCCAAGGUGAUGGUGCAUGCUAUUGAUCGAAACGAAGCGUGCAAGAAGAUGACGAGUGUAUUGUCCGAAGCAAAGCUACAAGGUCCACCUACCAAUUUGUACUUCUUGAGAGAUGUGGUUGCUUCAAAAUCAUUCCUAGAAGGCGACACACUAACCAACUUCCUCGAUACCAAGUUCACCUACAAGCCUUGCGCGAUAGAUGUUCUCUCCCCAGGCUCCUUCACUACUAUCCAGGACUUCCCAGCUCGUGCUACCAGUGGCCAUGGUAUUCCCAAAGGCGGUCCUAUGGACAAUAUCUCAUCUAGAAUUGCAAACAUCCUCGUCGGCAAUGAUCCUGGUACAGAGUCAAUGGAAAUCACAAUUUCAGGCCCAGAAUUGCUCUUCACUGCACCAGCUGUCUUCGCAGUCUCGGGUGCUCCAGUUACUGUGACCAUUGAUGGCGAAGAAAAGCCGAUGUGGUCAAGGAUCGUCAUCAGUGCAGCGCAGAAACUAAAGAUUGGAAAGGUUGAGAAUGGAGGAUGUCGAUGUUAUCUUGCUGUUAAAGGCGGAUUUCCUGAAAUCCCAUCAUAUCUUGGAUCGAAAGCUGGUACCCCAAGCUUAGCAUUUGGUGGAACACAAGGCCGACAACUCCAAAUGGGCGACUGGAUCGAACUCGACCCCAAAACCAAAGAAUGGUCAAAAUCAGCAAAACCAUACACCCUCCCCAAACCCUGCAUCCCAGACUACGAUAUCAAAGAAAUAUACUGCAUGCACGGCCCUCACGACUCCGACGACUUCAUGACGCCCAAAGACCGCCAAAUGCUCUACAGCACCGCCUGGAAAAUUGGCCACAACUCAAAUCGCACCGGCAUCCGCCUCGUUGGUCCCGUGCCCGAAUGGAGCCGCAAAGACGGCGGCGAAGGAGGUUCUCAUCCUUCGAAUGUUUUCGAUUACGGGUAUCCGAGUCCGGGAGGUAUUAAUUGGGGAGGUGACUCUGCGGCCAUUUUUUCGAUGGAUAGUCCGGAUUUGGGAGGGUUGUUAUGUUCUAGUACGAUUAUUUCGGCGGAUUUGUGGAGGUUGGGACAAGUGAAGCCGGGUGGGCAUCUUAAGUUGACGCCUACGACUUUUGAGCAUGCUAUUGAGCUUAAGGAGAAGAUUGAGAAGUUCGUUGGAGAUAUUCAGGCUCUUGUUGAGGGGACGUCGAUUCAUGUUCCGGUGUUGGAGCUUUCUUUGCCUGCUUCUGGAUUACCGGAAGGUACCUCGAAUGCUGUGCUGAAAGAAGUUCCUGCCAACGAGCAUCGGUUCAGGGUCGUGUAUCGACAGGGCGGUGACUGCUUUCUGCUUGUAGAAAUAGGACAACAAACUUGCGAUGUCAGAGUAACCAGUCGAAUUCGACUUCUCGUCCAAAAACUAGAAGCCUUAAACUUAGGCUUGGUCAUGAACCCCAAUAUUGGAUCGGUAAUGAUCCAAUUCAACGCCAACACCAUCACACAAAGUGCGCUCCUAGCCAAAAUAACAGAAGCAGAAUCCUCCAUCGAAUACACAACCUCGAUCGAAAUCCCCUGUCGAGAAAUCCACCUCCCAGUCGUCUUCGACCACCCUGAUAUCCGCGCCUCCGAGCAGCGAUACAUGGAAACCAACCGUCCAACAGCCGCCUACCUCCCCGACAACGUCGAGUACCUCCGAACCAACAACGGCUUCUCCACCCGUCGAGAAGUCUUCCAGACAUUGCUCGAAUCACCCUACCUAAUAGUAGCAGUGGGCUUCCUAGUCGGGACUCCAAUUCUAUUCCCCUUGAACCCCAUGAGCGGUAUCGUAGCUCAGAAAUACAACCCAACUCGAGUCUCCACCCCCGGAGGCACCAUCGGCAUGGGUGGUUCCCUGUUCGCUAUCUACCCGCUCGAAGCUCCCGGCGGGUACAUGCUGUUUGCGCGGACCAUGGAAUGCUGGGACACGUUCGGCACCGGAGCCAGCUUCUCGCCUUCUCGUCCCUGGCUCUUUGAACCCUUCGACAUAGUGCGCUACCACGAAGUCAGUGUCUCGGAAUACGACCAACUGAUGCUGGACUAUCGCCGCGGAGAAUAUAAAUUCGACAUCCGAGACGGAGUCUUCGAUCUCCAUUCCGUACAUGAACGGUUCGAGGAAUCGCGCACAGAUCCAAAAGUCAUCUCGUUCAGAGAAGGACAAAAGAAAGGUGUAGCACACAACCUUGCACUGGAGAAGAAACUGUACGGGGAAUGGGUUACGGAGCAAGAAGCGGAGAAAGCUAGGGAAGUUGAACGAGUUAAAGAGAUGAUGGAGUCGGAGCCGUCGAUUACGAUUGAUAGCCCGAUCGAUGCGAAUGUGUGGAAGGUGUUGGUGGAGCCGGGAGAGGUGUUGAGAGAGGGGCAGGUGGUGGCGAUAUUGGAGGCGAUGAAGAUGGAGAUUAAUGUUUUGUGUACGGAGGAGGCGGUUGGGGCGAAAGUCGAGGCUAUUGCGAGCAAGCCGGGGACGGUGGUGAGUCCUGGGGCGUGGAUUGUUGUUGCCAAGGUGCAUUGAAGUGGAAUUGUUGGAUAUAGGCACCGCGUGAGCAAGGUUUGGAGUCUAAUGUUUCCAGAAGUCGAGGUUUGUAGAGAUUAUUCUAGAAAGCAAAGCAGACUGCAAUGGCUAGGU